GGAAGUACUUAAACUACAGCACAAGAAAAAAAUAAAUAAAUAAAUUCCCUCUUCCGUACUCUUUCUUUUUAUUCUAUUCAAAUUUGUUCGAUACUGCUUAGGAGAUAGAAAUUAUAGAAGCAGCAUCGCCUCGGUGAUACAGCAUGUCGGUAUAACGUAAAAAGAUACAGUAAGUGUUUGAAGACGAGAAGUAAAUUGAUACAAAAUGAUACGCAUGGAUCGGACAUAGAGAAUUCAGGUUAGGGAAAUUGUACAAGUUAGUAAAGGAGACAGACUAUGUACCAUACAAUAUAGGCAUUUGCAACUUUAAAAAGAUUUUUGAAGGCAUAUUUGCUUGAGCAUGCUAGCCUGUGGAAGAAGUUUCCGAACGCUACUAAUGUGAAGGGACAGGAUCCGGUCAAAUGAUAAUGAAACUUACAUAUUGCAUCUGUGUCGUGUCCUAACUCCUAAGGGUAAACCAGUGAUGCAGGCGGAGUUGUUUUGGUUAGAGCUUAUACUUCAAAAUUGAAAUAUGUUUGCAAUUUUCAAUUUGGAUGUGGCUGUGGUACUAACAGGUUUGAAGAAGGUAAGUCCCUUUCACAUGGCAUUCGUAUGCGCAUAGAGCGGAAUGUUCUUUACAUAGGGCUAGAAUCGGCUUCCAAAGUUCUUGUGAGUUGAUUCAUGCUCUCUGUUCAACUUCUUGGUAUUUUGUUUCAAGGGGUAAACUUGAUGUCUACUAUUUUGCCUAUUUGGUGUCUGCUAUUGCGCUUAUUUACUAAGUUCAGUCUUGUACUUCAUAAUUUUACACCUACUGAAUCGAUUUCCUGAAAUGUAUGGCUUCCCAAUCCUCAUUUCGGCUGUAAGAAACAUGAACACUACUAAUGUAGGAGUAUUUCCCUUAUCCUCUAGGCAUCAGGAGCUUUGGAAAUAUGUGGCCGGUUUUCCGAGAUUGCUUACUCUGGUGCUUGAAUUUUUUUUCCCUUGGUAGGAUUGAUGAACAAACCAAAAUACUCGAGUCUGAGUUCAAUGUAUGCUUAAAAGCUUGUUCAAAAUCGAUUUGUUAUGUGAACCAAUUUAACCGAGCUUGAAUGAGCCACUAGUUUGCUCACUCAGCUUAUGAUGCCUAAAACAAUUAAAAGCUACUCAAGUUGGCACGCGAUCAACCUCCAUAACAAAGUUAAGCUUAAUAUAUUUGAAGCUCUUUAUAUGUCAAACCAAACUUGAACAAUCAACUUUAAUUACCAAAACAAAAAAAACUUCGGCUUCUUCUCAUUUAUCUGUCAUAGUUCAAAAUUAUAUAAUGGAUUCAUUAUCUUUUGAAAUAAUUAGUCUCUCCUAUGGAGUAUAUUAGCCAAUAGCAUGAGCCAUGGAGAGGGAUAGAUGGUAGAAGUGUUAGCUAAUCUUUAUUUUGUGUUACUAUUAUUUAUCUCAGUUCCCACUUUAACCAAAAGAUGCCAUAUACUGGGCCUAUUUGUUGGGGGUCUAAGGGAGGGAAGGAGAGGGAGAAAAAGGUGGUGUUUGGUUGUGGGAGAAGGAAGGGGAUAAGGGAGCGGAGGAGAGCUUAUCUCUUUGGAGGGGCUUAGCUAAUCGCAACCCACUCUAGCAUAAGCUAAUUCAGGUGGGGAGAAAGACCAAAUUGCUCCUCAAACCUUUUUUGUAUACUCAAUGUUAUAACUUAAUGAUGGCAACCAAGUAAUUUCGUAUAUCGUUCACUUUUAUCCACUCACAUCAAUUAUUACUCAAAUCAAGUAUAAACUAAUUUCCCUCCUUAUCCGCUUGACAAAAUGAGCAGGCUGCUAAUGAUAUCCCUUGAGUUCAGUGCCAAACUUUCAAAAAGACUGUUUGCACAAACCUUUCAACAAAUAUCUUGCCCUGAUUUUUUUUUGAUCUAUUUUGGAUCCCACAAAGAUGAUCUGAACUUCUCAUCUUUCUUAAAAUGAUUUUGUAAAGAUUUCCGUAAGAAAUCAAGUCAAUCCAAUGUCAAUAAGUAUUUUUUCAAAAUUAGCAAGGCAAACCAACGGCCUAAGAAUUUUGAAAAAGCACUUACUGAUAUCGGAUUGAUUUGAUUUUUUACGGAAACCUUCACAAAAUCAUUUAAAAAAAGAAAGAAAGGGCAAUUCGGAUAUUUUUACGUGAAACCCGAUGUCCCCCAACCCCCCUACUCGAGGGUCCCUCGUGCAAGUGCAAUCCUGUUCACGGACCACAACUGCAAAAACUUCACAUAAACGACUCAUGGUGGGUGACCUCGGAAACUGGAAUAAAGGGUGAAACACCCUUCCUCUCCUUGUACGCACAGACCAGACCCAGGGAGACUCUCUCUCUCUCCACGAUUUUUACACAAACCCAUUCCAACAAGCACUCCAAUUAACGAACCCAAACGAGUAAUUUUCACUCGAUCACCACUCUACGCAACCUUAACCAGAGCCCAAGUCAGCAACUCCCUGCUCGGAGAAUCCAACUUCACCCCCACCGCCGCCGGAAACCUCCACUUCUCCGGCUACCCCAGCCCGAGUCAUUAUUUCCGCUGGUUCCAACUCGUGGGUCGGAUCCCUAUCACAUUGUCUUGCUCUUUUACGGGCGUGAUCACUUAAGCCUCAUCUUUUGGGACCAUAUGAAAAGGAGGGAGUUAUGCGCGUAACAAAGUGUAAACCGCCGUCGUGUUCGUUCUGGUUUUAUGGGUAGAACUCGUAGUAGUUUUUGGUUUGCUGCUUUUUCUUCAUGCUACAAAGCCCACCACCAGAGAAGAAAGAGAAAGAAAAGUAAAAAAGAAAAAAAAUAGUGAAAAGAGGAGAGAGAACAACACCGUGUGUGAAGCCUUGGGAGAUGAAAAUGGGACAGCGGCAGUAUUGUCAUUUCAUCCGGAAACUGUUGGGAACAGAGACCAGAACAUUUUUGAAAAAAAGGAAGGUUCAAAAUCUGGAACAAGCCUACUUUUUGAACCAAAAAAAAAGAACUUUAAGAGAAAUUGGAACGCCCCCUAAUUCCCUCCUCUUCUCUCACUCUCUCUCUCUCUCUCUCUGCGCCAUGUCGUCUUCUACCUCCUCAUCAAGACCCCUGAAGAUAGGCAUAAUAGGCUUCGGCACCUUUGGACAGUUCCUCUCCAAAACCAUGAUUAAACAAGGCCACACCAUCACAGCCACUUCUCGAUCCGAUCACUCCCAGCUCUGUUUCCAUCUGGGUAUCUCAUUCUACAGGGAAAUUGAUGGGUUUCUUGAGGCCGAAAACGAUGUGGUGGUGCUCUCUACAUCGAUUCUGUCCCUAUCAGAGGUGGUAAAAUCGAUACCGUUUCACCGUCUGAAACGGCCGACGCUCUUCGUGGAUGUGCUCUCGGUCAAGGAAUACCCAAAACAAGUUCUAUUGCAAGUACUGCCGCCGGAGUUGGACCUUCUUUGCAGUCACCCGAUGUUCGGACCAGCCAGCGGGAGCGGGAGAGAUGGGUGGAAAGACCUUACUUUUGUAUACAACAGGGUCCGAAUAAGGGAUGAAGUUGUCUGCUCAAGUUUCCUUCAAAUUUUUGGAAGUGAGGGUUGCAAAAUGCUGGAAAUGUCUUGUGAAGAGCAUGACAAACUAGCUGCUAGAAGUCAAUUUCUCACACACACAAUUGCCAGGACCUUGUCCGAAAUGGCGAUUGAGUCUACGUCUAUAGAUACCAAAAACUUUGAGGCGCUGGUUAAAUUGAAAGAAAGCACAAUGAGGAACAGUUUUGAUCUGUUUAGCGGGUUGUUCAUCCAUAACAGGUUUGCUAAACAAGAGUUGAAGAACCUAGAAGUCGCUCUUGAGAAGGUUAAACAGAAGCUGCAAGAUAGGAUGAACGAGGAGCUUGAUCCGAGUGGCUCCCACGUGAUGAAUGCAAAAACAUUUAUCUCCUUCCCCUCUUUUGCUACUUAUGAAAUAUUGGGUUGUGACCACUUGAAUUUACAUUUUGAAAGGACGCUGGUUCAUGGAAUAACUUUGGCAUGUCAUCUAUGGAGUUAUGGGAGACAACCCCAUGAAUUAUUGGUGCCAAAUGUCAUUUGCCCCAUACAAGGUUACAAUCCUUUCUUUUUCUUUUUGUACAAAAAUGAGAGUCAGGUCUCACAAUAUUGCAAAGAUGCAAGGAGGCAUAAGAAGGAAGAACUGCAAAUGAUUUGCGAAAGUAAACUGCAAACCUUGGCGCUCACCAACGGAAGUGACAGAAAAUUUAACCACAGCUGGAAAUGGAAUUCACUUGAUGUCGUGGAAAGAUGGCAAGACGGCCAUACUCGGGUCCCCAUAACCCAUAGGUUGGAUGUGGCGGUGGUACUAACAGGUUCACAAAAGUAUUUUGUAUCAGGGGUAAACUUCUUGGUAUUUGAUGUCUACUAUUUUGCCUAUAUCGGUCUCUCUCUCUCUCUCUCUCUCUCUCUCUCUCUCUGCGCCAUGUCUUCUUCUACCUCCUCAUCAAGACCCCUGAAGAUAGGCAUAAUAGGCUUCGGCCCCUUUGGACAGUUCCUCUCCAAAACCAUGAUUAAACAAGGCCACACCAUCACAGCCACUUCUCGAUCCGACCACUCCCACCUUUGUUCCCAUCUGGGUAUCUCUUUCUACAGGGAAAUUGAUGGGUUUCUCGAGGCUGAAAACGAUGUGGUGAUGCUCUCUACAUCGAUUCUGUCCCUAUCAGAGGUGGUAAAAUCAAUACCGUUUCACCGUCUGAAACGGCCGACGCUCUUUGUGGAUGUUCUCUCGGUCAAGGAACACCCAAAACAAGUUCUAUUGCAAGUACUGCCGGCGGAUUCAGACAUUCUUUGCACUCACCCGAUGUUCGGACCAGAAAGCGGGAGAGAUGGGUGGAAAGACCUGACUUUUGUAUACGACAGGGUCCGAAUAAGGGAUGAAGUUGUGUGCUCAAGUUUCCUUCAAAUUUUUGGAAGUGAGGGUUGCAAAAUGCUGGAAAUGUCUUGUGAAGAGCAUGACAAACUAGCUGCUAGAAGUCAAUUUCUCACACACACAAUUGGCAGGACCUUGUCCGAAAUGGCGAUUGAGUCUACGUCUAUAGAUACCAAAAACUUUCAGACGCUGGUUAAAUUGAAAGAAAGCACAACAAGGGACAGUUUUGAUCUGUUUAGCGGGUUGUUCAUCCAUAACAGAUUUGCUAAACAAGAGCUGAAGAAUCUAGAAGUCGCUCUUGAGAAGGUUAAACAGAAGCUGCAAGAUAGGAUGAAUGAGGAGCUAGAUCUGAGUGGCUCUCAUGUGUAGAAACCCGUGCUUAAUUUUAAUUUAUUUUAUGUAAUGUUAUUGUUACGUCAUAUUAUAAUUGAAUAAUUUUGUGUGCCAUGGACGAGUUUGUCGGGGACCCGCAUGUUAUGGAGAUUUUUUUUUAUGAACUUUUAGAGUUAAUUAUUAUUAAGUGUUAGCUUAAGGGUUAGUGUAUUGACUUGUAAUAUAUUAGGAGAUGGGGGCAAUAAUUAAUUUCGUGAAGGGGCAUAAUGCAAUUUCUACACUUAACACUUGAAAUA